AGUCAAUAACAUCUGGAGGGACGCGGGUUUGACACCUGUGUCCUAUAUGUUUUCAUAUAGGAACGUUCAGGCUCAGAACGUUCCCAGUCAAGGUUUUCCCUCCACGAGGGCCGCAGGAAUUUCCUGCUGUAAACAAGAAUAUUCAGAUGACAUUGUACCAAAUCUGGAGAUGACUUACCUGGCUCCCAUUCCCCUCUCCCUUUACUCUAAGAGAAAUCACAAACCUAAUUUUCUCUGAAAUGGAGGGAAUGCCAAUCAACUGCAGGGGGUGUAUCUAUCUGAUGUUCCCCCACAGCCACCAUGGGGAGAGGGGGAAGAGCUGGGCCCCCUCUUCAAAAUGGCACCUUCCUUCAGACAUUUGAAGACCGUUUUGUUGUUCCCUUGCCAGGUGGGGACUACAUUGCUCAGGAGAGCAAGCGGCGUCUGGAUGGUUCCUGAACUGUUUGUGGCUGUGGUGGCAAAACCCCAAGGGUGGGGGAAGGUUGAGGAAAAAGAAUUAGGCCACAGUGUAGAAUACAAAGUGGAAAGGUACGAGAUAGGAUAUGUCUGUAAAUGUAUGUAUCAAGCGGAAAUUAGUCAUAAGCUGAAACCGGCAAUGUUGGUGAUCGUACACCAUGGGUACUUACCCGCUGCAGACUGCAAAAAGUCGCACCAGAAGUGCUCUCGCUUUCCCUGCAGGAAGCGAGACGCACGCACAGGGCAAGCAAAAACAUGUCGGGACAAGAACCCUUUCUCCAACAUGGCUCCUCUCUCAGCGCGCUGCAAUGAGGAAGCGCAUCGGAAAGAGAUUUCCUGCCUGGACACGCUUCCAGUCCUACCAUGCGCCAGAGUGUCAGUGGGUAAUCAGCCACUGGGUGAUUCCAGCUCUUCCAGAGAAGUGUAUCUGUCCAUCCACGCAAACGAUGGUAAAAACAUCAUGUUGGCUUGUAGGAGUAGGAAAACAAUACUCAACCGCCUUUCCAACGAUGGCUUCUUCAAUGUAUUGUCGAAGGCUUUCACAGCACCCAAAUUUGUGCUAAAGUUUUCAAUAAAACAUUAUUUUCUGGUGCGAACUAAUACCUCGGCUCCACCGACCUGAGAAUGCCACCCAGUGCUGUCAUCUUUCCUCAAGAACGGUGGGAGCAUUUCCCCCACAAAGGUGGACCUUGAAGCAUUACCUGGCCAGGGAGUUUUCCAAACACCUGCUGCUGCUGCUGCUGCUGCUAAGAUGUGCCCGGGGCCCGUGAAUGUGCCAAGCCUCCUUCCUGCGCCCACCUGCAAAAUAAGGGACGCGGCAAUCUGGUCUGAUCCAGACCCAGUUCCCCACUCUGCAGACCAAGAGAACAGCUCCAUCUUCUUUGUACGCACACUGCCCCCCUCGCGCCUGCGUCGCCAGAGCCACGGGGGAAGUCUGAUGCUGUCUUCCAGGGUUGCAGCUUUAAAUCCACCAGUGUUGUCUCCAUGCCAGUGUUUUAAAUCCUCUCCCUCACUGUGGAAACCCCCCCCCCCCCGCUUUACCCCAUGCUGGUUAUGUAUUGUCCGUGGUCUUUUUUUGUGUGUGCCGACUUUGUCAUGGAACAUAGCAAUAAAAGGAACCACCUGGA